GCCACAAGAUAAGGCGGGUGCAGCUGCAGAACCCAUGUGCCAGGACCUCCUUAGGACCCAUAGAUCUGACCUCAGCGAGGCAGGGACUUCCACACUAAGGCUCUCGAGACCGGUCCCUGCUGGCCUGCCCAACUCUGCACAGCAUGCCACCCGCGGGCCUCGAGGGUCCCCGCGCACUCAGCUGGCGGCCUCUGCUGCGUCUGCUGCUCUUGCUGUCGCUGCUGCCAAGGCCAGUAACCCGCGCUCAGACGUCGCCGGGCGCCCCCAGCGCCCCAAGUCUGCGGGAGCGCGCACGGGCCCUGAUGAGGAACUUCCCACUCGUGGACGGCCACAACGAUAUGCCCUUGAUCCUGAGACGGUUUUACCACAACGGACUGCAGGAUGUUAAUCUGCACAAUUUCAGCCAUGGCCAGACCAGCUUGGACAGGCUUAGAGAUGGUCUCGUGGGUGCCCAGUUCUGGUCAGCCUACGUCCCAUGCGAGACCCAGGAAAAAGAUGCAGUGCGCCUCACCCUGGAGCAAAUUGACCUCAUCCACCGUAUGUGUGCCUCCUAUUCUGAGCUGGAGCUGGUGACCUCGGCUAGAGGUCUGAACAGUACCCGAAAGUUGGCUUGCCUCAUUGGUGUGGAGGGGGGCCACUCACUGGAUAGUAGCCUCUCCAUCUUGCGUACCUUCUAUCUGCUGGGUGUGCGCUACCUGACACUCACCCACACCUGCAACACGCCCUGGGCAGAGAGCUCAGCUAAGGGCAUCCACUCCUUCUACAACAAUGUCACCGGGCUGACCAGCUUUGGUGAGAAGGUGGUGGUGGAAAUGAACCGCCUGGGCAUGAUGGUAGACUUGUCCCAUGUCUCAGACGCUGUGGCACUGCGUGCUCUGAAAGUGUCAAAGGCACCUGUGAUCUUCUCUCACUCAGCUGCCCGAGGUGUGUGCAAGAACGCUCGGAACGUUCCCGAUGAUAUCCUCCAGCUUCUGAAGGAGAAUGGUGGCAUUGUGAUGGUGUCCCUGUCUGUGGGGGUGCUACAGUGCAACCUGCAAGCUAAUGUGUCCACUGUGGCAGAUCACUUCGACCACAUCAGGGGAGUCAUUGGAUCCAAGUUCAUUGGGAUUGGCGGAGAUUAUGAUGGGACCAGCCAUUUCCCUCAGGGGCUGGAGGAUGUGUCCACAUACCCGGUACUGAUAGAAGAGUUGCUGAGUCGGGGCUGGAGUGAGGAAGAGCUUCAGGGUGUCCUUCGUGGAAAUCUGCUGCGGGUCUUCAGACAGGUGGAACAGGUGCGGGAGGAAGACAAGGGGCAAAGGCCCUUGGAGGACGAGUUCCCAGAUGAGCAGCUGAACAGCUCUUGCCGCUCGCGUCUGCAUCAGAGACAGCAUCUGACUCCAGACCAGAUACUAACCGAGGCUCCGACGCAUUGGACACCCAAGUCAUUACCUAAGUGGUCAUUCUCAAAAUCCUCCGCCAACAUGGCCCCAGGCCUCACAGUUAUUGCUGCCUUCUCAGUCUUUAUUCUGUGCCUCUGGUGACCCAUUUAAUCCUGCCAGAUGUCACUUUAGCAGCCAUGGACACCCCACAAAUUUCCCCUGUUGUGCAGGCAUGAACAUUACCUAAAAAUAAAUAUUUUAG